CAUGGCCUCUUCUUCUGGUACGUCCGUCUACCCUUAUAUUACACUGGAUAUCUUAUUCAUAUCAUACAGCACCUGGAAAGCUUUCCCGUGAAGAAUUCCGUCGACAAAAGGACCUCGAAGCUGCUCGUAAAGCAGGAACAGCACCCGCUGCUUUAGACGAGGAGGGCAAGCCAAUCAACCCGCAUAUUCCACAAUAUAUCUCUCAGGCUCCAUGGUAUUUGGACACCGGCGCUCCCUCUCUCAGCCAUCAACGACGUAGCGAAAAGGAGGAUAUUGGAAAAGAUAGUCUUGACAAAUGGUACGACAGAGGUUCUGUACAAGGUCCGGCGGCGAAGAAGUACCGUAGAGGUGCUUGUGAGAACUGCGGCGCCAUGACGCACAAGAAAAAGGAUUGUCUCGAAAGACCUAGGAAGAAAGGUGCUAAAUACACCAGCAAGAACAUCAGACCGGACGAAGUCAUUCAGGACGUUGCUUUGGGAUAUGAUGCCAAGCGAGAUCGAUGGAAUGGCUACGACGUCUCAGAGCAUAGCAAAAUAUACGAAGAGUACACCGCUGUUGAAGCUGCUAGGCAAAAGUUGAGGGAAGAGGAGAUCGACAAUCAAACCACUACGGAUUUAGCUGCUGUCAGAAAGGUCGCGAAAGCAGGAAAGUUGGAGAAAAAGGAUGAUCCCGACUUUGGGUCGAGUGAUGAAGAAGAUGCGGAUGAAGACAAAUACGCCGAUGCUGCUGAUGCUGUCGGGCAGAAACUCGACGCUAAAACUCGAAUCACCGUUCGAAACUUGCGUAUUCGUGAAGAUACGGCCAAGUACCUCAUCAAUCUCGAUCCCUCUAGUGCUUACUACGAUCCUAAAACCCGUUCCAUGCGUGAUGCGCCCCUCAAAGACAUUGCCGCAGAAGAUGCCAAAUUUGCAGGAGAAAACUUCUUCCGCUCUACUGGUGAGGCCCCAGCUGUCCAACAAUUGCAGCUCUUCGCCUGGCAAGCUGCAGCUCGUGGAAAUGAUGUCCAUUUAAACGCAAACCCGACACAGGGCGAACUCUUACACCAAGAAUUCAAACAAAAGCGGGAAGAGCUCAAGGAAACUUCCAAGAGCAGCAUUCUUGCAAAGUAUGGUGGUGAAGAAUUUCUGGCCACUGCUCCCAAAGAACUGUUACAAGGUCAAACGGAGAACUACGUCGAGUAUUCGAGGGCGGGACAGGUCAUUAAAGGGCUCGAGCGUGCCAAGGCCCGUUCAAAGUAUCCUGAAGAUGUUCGUGUCAACAACCAUACCGCCGUCUGGGGAUCCUGGUACGACCCAGGCUCAGGAUUGUGGGGAUAUGCCUGCUGCCAUUCUACAAUUCAUAUUUCAUACUGUGCCGGUCAAGCUGCUAUUGAAGCAGCUCGAGCUUCUACUGCCCAGAAUCUCUUGACCAACGAGGCACAUUCUUCCAGUCAUGAACCGCCCCCGAAACUUCAAAGCAGUAGUGAACCGUUAACUAAAAUUGACCAGAAUUACUCUAAGCAACGAGUGGGUGAGGGAGAUAUCAAGUUGGACCCGGAACGACUGGCGCGUGCUAUCAAGGAAGAGAAGAAGAGAGGAAGAGGUGAUGAAGACGAGUCUGAUGGGUUUGGAAAGAAGAGGAAAAUGGGCGGCGCUCGUGAUGUUACUGAGGAAGAGCUUGAGGCCUACCGGAUACAGCGUAAGAUGACUGAGGACCCCAUGGCCAAUUACGUGGAUGAGGAGAGUUGAGCAUCUUUUGUACCGAUACUACAUUGUAUUUCUAUGUUCUGAUAAUCUGUACAACAUCCGGACUCCUGCUACAAGAAACCACGUUUUUAG